CCAGAUUCUAUCCUUAACCCCUCAGGUACGUUAUUGGUCGGCAGACGGGCGCAACCUUUAGAAGAAACAAGAAGACUUUAGAGCUUUCUUUUUUCUCCCAUACAUUUCUUAAUAUUUGUGUAAAGGUGACGACUUGAAGAUUCAGACUCAUCAAGUUCAUUCAUUUCUUUUCUGAAUACUUUCAAGUUUGUGUUUUCGAUGGCUUCUGCGGCGAAUCAGCAAGAAUUUGACUACAUGUUUAAGUUGUUAUUGAUUGGGGAUUCUGGGGUUGGCAAGAGUACUCUGCUUUUGAGUUUCACUUCUAAUACUUUCGAGGAGUUGACUCCUACUAUUGGUGUUGAUUUUAAGAUUAAGUAUGUUACUCUUGGUGGUAAGAAGUUGAAGCUUGCAAUUUGGGACACAGCUGGACAGGAGAGAUUUAGAACACUAACUAGUUCAUAUUAUAGAGGAGCUCAAGGGAUAAUUAUGGUGUAUGAUGUGACACGGCGAGAUACCUUUACAAAUUUAUCCGAAAUUUGGGCGAAAGAAAUUGAUUUGUACUCAACAAAUCAAGAUUGCAUCAAAAUGCUUGUUGGAAACAAAGUUGACAAGGAAAGUGAAAGAGUUGUCACCAAAAAAGAGGGAAUGGACUUUGCUAGGGAAUAUGGCUGUCUUUUUCUUGAGUGUAGUGCAAAAACUCGAGUCAAUGUUGAGCAAUGCUUUGAGGAGCUUGUUUUAAAGAUCUUGGAUACACCAAGUCUCCUAGCUGAAGGGUCAAGUGAUGUGAAAAAGAACAUCUUCACACAAAAUCCCCCGGAAUCUGAUGCUUCAAGUGGUUCUUGUUGUUGAUGCAAUGGUUAAUUUUCUUACAAUAAUCCAAUUUCAAUGGUUCAUGUUCGUGUUGUAAUGAAUCCAUAAAUAGAUUUGUGUUACAAAAUUUCUGUACAUGUGGGUUCACACGCUUUGGGCACUUCUGCUUCAUGUCUGGGCAUGUCAACUUGCAGUUCAUGAAUCCACAGUCCAAAACGUGUGUCAGACAAAACAAUUUUUCUUCCAGAAAUGCUAGAACUCCCUAUUUAAUCA